AUGAAUAUAUCUCCUAACCUUGUUACUAGUUCGAUUAAUUAGUUGGAGUUGAAGAAUUCUCCUCAGUUCUCUAAUCACUCGCAGACUCCAGUGUUAUCUCAGUAAUCACCGAAGUACACGCACGAACCGAUUCACUCGAUAUCAAACAUCAAUAUCAAAGUCAAAAGCAAAGACAAUCAGAUGUUCGAUGUGAGUGGCACGAACCUCCACCUUAAUAUGAUGAGCAAUAACGGAGCAGGAGGGCAGCUUACAGACACUUCUUAGAACUAAUCAAAUACCAAGGAGAGAAACCGAACUCCCAUUCGAGAUCAAUUACUCAAGAAGGUAAAUAGUGGAAAGAAAGUGAAUGGAGUUAAGCAGCAGUAGUAAUAACCCUAGCCAAUACAGCAGCUGAAUGGCAGUUUUAAGCAGAAGAGCAUAAGCGAACUCAGAAGCAAUCAGUCUAGUUUAAUGAUGGAUAGAAAUUCGUCUCAUGGAAAUAUAUAUGUAGAGAUUGGAAGAACUCCCUCCAGGCAGGGCUCUGUAAAAUACAAUGAGAGUUUCAACAAAAAUUCACCCAGCAAUACAAAAAGGUAAAGGGUAUUAUCGCAACCUCAUUUGCAAAGCGUUGAAAAAUUAUAUGAAGAGGAUAUUAGAUCUCCAAACUUUAAUUAAUAGACUGAUCAAAUUGACUAGCUGAUAAUAAGACCAUAACAAGGGAUUUUAGGAAGUGGUAUGACUUCUGGAAUCAUCUCGCCAAUGGUAUCCUAGAGAUAUGAUAUAUAUCCGAAUCUACGAAUAAUGCCUGGUACUAGUUAUUUGAUAAACAGAUCUCCUUAGCUUAGUAACUUCAGUUAAGGAUUCUAAGUUGACCCAGCUAUUUACCUCAAGCAAGAUAUUAUCCUAAUGCAGUUGAAGGAUCAAAAUGAGAUGUUUGAUAUAACAAUUAAAGAAAUACAAGUAUUCCGAGAAUUAAAACGCCAGCUAAAGCAGAAAAUGGGUCUUAAACAUUAUAGAAUGAGCGGCUAGCACAGAUAGGUAAUGAUUAACAAAGGGGUAGGGCAUCUAAAUCCAAAUAUCAGGCCAAAGAGUGCAAAUAAGCUGCACAUCAAUAUGGAUAAAAAGAAUAAGUCUAAGGAGUUUAAGAACAUGCUGAUGAGCAAUUUUUACUAAUACCUUAGAGCUAUGGGUUUAGGCAAAGCAAUGACUAAAGAGUAGAAGUAGCUGUAUAUGAAGCAGAAUAAUCCACCUCCAAAGACUUAAUAAAGCUAAAAUCAUGGUAAUAACCAGAUUCCUAUUUAGGCGAAUCAGUAAAUUAAGCCUCAAACAGGAUAAAUAGAUAUGGGGACCUAGCAUAACCUAAUGCCUGAGCCACAAACAGUCACUUCAAGCAAUCAUCAAAAUACCUAUACAGUAUUUAAGAGACUCAGUAGGCAAUAUAAAUUAAACUAAACUGGCUAGGUAGAAGAUCUUACCCAGUAGAUUCUGAGUAAUGGUGGAUUAUCAGAUAAAAACAAGAGUGAAGGCAGUGCCUAUCAUUUUUCUUUGAAGCAUUCAGCAAUGGCUAACAUCUCAAGAUAGGAGCAAGAGAAUAUAGAUUUAAGGAAUCUAAUAAAUAUCAAUUCAAUCCACAGUCUAGGGUCUUAGAAUAAUGACUAAAGGCCAUUUUCAGCUCUGACUGCCUAGGGAUAGGCUAUCUUGUCUUAAGGCAAGGAAAACAGUGGAGCUUAUGGAAAUGUCCUCAGUAGAUACGCCCAAAAUUUCGAUGAUGAUUCACUUGAAAGAAACGUGAUGAGACCAGUACUGACUUCACACUAAACCAAGAAGGAUGCUUCAAUUUAAAAUGAUAGGGAAAUAUUAACAACCUAGGAAUAUGCCAGCAAUAGCUCUCCAACUAUAAAUAAAUCCUAACUUAAUCAAGAUUUAUCGGAGGUGUAACCUACUUCACAGGCAUAAGCUACAACUAAACCACGAAUCUAGUCUAAGGUGAAAAUACCUGCAGUAAAGCCAUUAUGGAUAGUAUCCACCUCUAAGCAAAAAAGAUUAAACAUUACUGAUGUUUAAAACAAGAGAGGCAACUUAGUAUAUGAUUAUAUCUAGCAAGCUAAAAAGCAAUUCAACAGGAAUGAGAACUCCUAUAUUGAUUAAGCUAUUGUUAUCGGUGAGAAGCAUGAGGGAUUAGAAAGACUCAGCACACCAAGUGGCUGCUUUGCAUUAGGCCAAAACAUAUCCUUUGAUAGAAGUGGGAUCAAUACUCUGAAGAUGCAGACUUUCUACUUGGACAUUAAGGAGGAUGGAAAUGAAAGUUAAUGCAGUUAUGUCCCGAAACUUCAAAACUCUCAGAUCAAGAGAUACUUCUACGGCAGUAAUCAUAAGAGAAAGCAAUCAGCAAAUGAUAAUGAUUCUAGUAGCAACUAAAAUCAAGACUCAAAGAAGAAGUUUUACUAUAAGUCAAUCAAUAUGGACCUAUAGAACAACAGUUUCUACUAGACACCUAUGUUCAACAAAGACGGUGCUGACUUCAUGAUAGAGGGAUAGGAAUAUGAAAAGUAAAUCUAGAAGAAGCUAUCCACUCUUGAAGCUGUGAAUGAAAAUGAAUCCUCUGGGGUAUAGUUAGAAAUCAUAUCUUCGGCGCCUGAAAGUGAAAAGACUGCUCAGCAGUAGACAAGCAAAAAGAAUAUACUGAUUAGCAAGAAAUCAGUUUCGCCUGUUAUCAGGCAAAUGAGUCCACCUACUCUAGUAUCACCAACUAACCAGGCUAUUGAGAAGCCAAUGUUUUUACAGCAGUCACAUAUCCUAAUUCAGGGUGGGAGUAUGACCAACUCUGACUAGAACCAGUUGAUUGCUGACCCUGAUCAGCAGGACUUAGUGCUGUUGGAACACAUUAGAGAGGAAACUGGGGAGUCCUUUGACAGCGGCCACGCAGAAUCAUCUCACACUAUGCAGUCUAACUUCCAGCAUCAUCACUCGACUCACUUCAGAUUUAUCUAGAAAGAGCACGAUAAGACUGUGAAUCUGCUAUCUAAGUCUUAUAACAAUGGGCAUUUGCUCCCAAUGGACGAUACUGAGUAUCACUAUCUGCUUCAAAACUAGGAAAAUAAGUCAUUGACUUAGAGAGAUUUAAAUCCAGUGCAUAGAACUACGAAUACAAACUCACUCACGCAGAUAGUCAAUCACAGUAACUUCGGACAGGUCAAGAGUAAAUCCAUUAAUGAGAAUCAUAUUCAUCUACUAUCAAUGAAUCAUUAGCAUGAUCCACACACUAUUCUCAGCAAUAGAGUCAUUUAUAAAAAUCGAGACAGAAUGGUGAAGAAGCGUUCAUCCUCUUAGAAAUUUCACAACUAACUGCUGAAAUAAACAAUCAUAGACUUUACGAAUAUCAACAUCAACGACGGCACUUAGGAGGAAUAAAUCACUAGAAACCUGAGUUAGAUGAACUUGAAGAAGUCCAGCAAGACUCCGACAACCAGAGUCAUUAGCAAGAUAGGAGGAAACACUGUUAGCAUUAAUAAUAACAACUAGGGAGAUAUCAAUAACAGCAACAUCAACCCACAUGCAAACAUCAAUAAUAACACAAUCAGCAAUAAUCAGCAGAUACCUUCCAACGGAGAGUCUCAGAGUUCAUACAAUGGCGAGUUGUAGAAUGCAGUGCCGACUUUACUUGUGGAAAGAGAGGGAUUCCUAGAAACUCCUAGAUACAUGCUGAAGCAGGGAGGAAAGCAGACAUAUGUCGAGAUAAAUGGACUCUAAUAGCUGUAGGGGAUGGUAGCGCACCAUCAUCAUAAUCAUGGAAUUAUAAACUUACAGAACAGUAUGCGUUUAAGUGGAAACAGUGCAAUAGGCAAAUCUGCACAAGUAAGCAAUAGUAAUAACUUCAACGAGGGAACUUUCAUGGUACAAAGCAGAAAGGAGUCUUCAUUUGAGAUCAAUAAUGUCCCUUCUAAAGCACAGAAUAGUAAUGGAUUGGAUUUGAUGCAAAGAUCUAAGGAUCUCUACUCAGUAUAUAACCCAAAUGAGAUAUCUGUUAAAUACAACGCUAAUAAGACUAAAGCUUAGUCUCAGCCACCAAUCACUAACUAACCACAUAAGGUGCACAUUUAGAGUAAGCCUAGAGAAGUCAAGAAGUAAUAGGAAAAAUCAGGUUACUAUCUCGCCAAUCUUCUAGAAAUUCCCGCUGACAUUAUUCCAAAUACUCUAAACCACAGUUAGAAUAGUGAAUCUAGGUCUAUAUCUUCUUAAAAUCACAAUAAUAUACAAUAGCAGCAGUAGCAUAUGAAGUAAGCGUACUUGUAACAUUAAAGAGACUACAAGAUCAAGCAAGAGAAGAGAUAUUCUGAGAUGCUAAAGAGGAAUAUAAGUGUCCUAAGACGACAAAAGAACAGGUCAUACACUGGAAGAAUUGGGGACAGAAACGACCCAGUUCAAAACUAUGGAAUGAUAGUUGGAAUUGACUAGGCAGCUUAUCUGAAUAAAGGUAUGUAGGACCUUCAAUUCAAUUAGAAUAGGCUGGGUACCUCUCAUCUUGAUAAACAUAGAUUACCUUACACUAAGCAAGUGAGUGGUGACGACCUCGUCGAUCAGCAGUAUAAUUCUAUUUCAACUAUAAAUAGGCCUAAUACAGGUAUGGACAUAUAUCAGUCCUAAAAAGAACCAAAGAUUUUGAAAUAAGAAGGGACAGUAUCUCCUCUUACUCUGUUUAACCUUAGUCCCAAGAAAAAAACAGAGGCAGAUGAUGAAUAAAAUACAGUAAAUAUCUCCUAGUUUGGUUCAGCAGUCAAGAAUAGCGUAAAAACAAGCCCAAUAAAGAAUACUGUUGUUAUCAAGGAUAAUAAUUAAAACUAAAAUCUCAUGAGUGAUGCAUAGAUACAUGGAGUGUCUCUUUAAGAGUACUUUAAAAAGAAGACUGACAGCAGUGUGAAAUAAAGAGAGGGAGCAAAUAUAAGCAAAUUAAGCAAUAACAACCUUAAUCACUCCUUUACUCCACUUUAUGACUUGAGUGUUUCUAAUAACGAAAGCGUUAUGCUCAGCAAGCUCUAAGUGAACUAGAGUGAUAUUCUCAACUUGACAGAGUUAAAUAAUACGCAAAGAUAGAUUAUUAGGAAUAAGAACAUGCACUAGGAAUUCAAUAGAAUUAAGUUUGUGAGUGACUCUAGAGAGAUGAUUGAAAGUGCGACUCAUGUGAUAAACAAUAAAAACAAUAACUCAAUGAGGUCGGCAUUACAAAUGCCCAAAAUUGGUUCAAACACCUCUAAUGCUAUGAACAUCACUCAGGAUCAUUCUAGCAAGGUUCAUAACACUAGCAGUAUAUUUCAGAAAAAUAAGAUAUUUGGAGUGAUGAGCAGCAAUAUCACUCCUAUAAACAAUCAUAAUGCAAUGAGCAAGGGCAACAUCAGAAGUUCAAGUUCCCGCUAUAGAUUCAGAGAAGGAAAGUAGUCUAACUCUAAUAUGUCAAACACAACUCAUUCUCAAACGAACAAUCAGCAUUUUAGAGGUAGUUCAGCCAUAUCUAAUUCAAGUUUAUAGCUGAAUGGAAGUCAUCUACUGGUCAGCACUAGACCUUAAUCCAAAUUAUCAUCUUCGAGGACUGGAGGUUUCUUCACUCCUGCUGCUCAACCCAACAAAACUAACUACUGA